AUGAAAUAUUCUUAUUAGCAAUCACUUUAGCAUAUGCUUAUUCCAUAUGUCAUUAGUGGAGUAUUAUGGUAUACUUUCAUCAAUUAUAAAAGGAUUCCAUUAUCAAAAAUAGUAGAAAACUUCUAUCCAGAUUAACUAAUUUCUUAAUUUAUUGUCGAUCUGAUUGCUACAUUCAUUGUCUUUAUUUAAUCAAUCUUAAUUAAGUAAAGCCAUUCAUAUUAAUAAAUAUAUAGAAAUUCCUCAAUUUAUGACCCCUAUUGGCAUAUAGUCCCUAUGUAUUUUACAGCAUAUUGGUGUUUUGAAAGUUAAUCAUGGUGGCCCGUUUUAGUUUGUUUUUUUUAUUGCAUUAAAUAAGAUAUCAGUUAUUUUAGAUUUUGGCCUGGUAAUAUGUUUAUUUAUAUUAUUAGGCCUUUCUUAUGAAGACUUUAGAUAUGAAGAAUUUAAAAAUAAAAUAAAUAAUAGUUUUAUUUAUUGGAUAUUUAGUUUACUUUCAUUUCAUAUAUAUCCCACAGUCAUUGUUUAUUUGGGUUACAUUCCACUCUAUUACACUAUUAAAGAAACCUAAAAUCAUAAUAUUUUAUAUGAAAUAGGAUUAUUGAUAUCAAUAAUCGCUGUAAUUAUUUAAUGGAUUGCAGAUUAUUAAUUAUAUCCUUAUAGAACUAAGUAAAUUAAAGGAGAUUGUGAUGUUGGACUUUGGAAAUAUUCCAGGCAUCCUAAUUAUUUUGGAGAAUGUCUAUUUUGGUGGGGAAUGUAUAUAGCAUCAUUAUCCUUUGGAAUGAAAUAUUGGUAUUGGGGAAUCGGAGCACUUGGAAUCCAAAUUAUGUUUUUGGCAUAUUCAAUCCCAAAUAUGGAGUCUCAUUUAUUGAAAAAAAGACCAUCCUAUAAAAAAUAUCAAUAACAAGUUAGCUGUUUCAUUCCUUGGUUUAGAAAAAAUUCUAAAUCUAAUUGAG